UGGGAUCAGAUUCAAUGGCAGAAAAUAAUUACCGUUGUAUCUGGCAUAAAUAAGGUGCGCAAUUUACAGGUAUGUUUUUUUGCAGGAAUUUUGGUGCGUGUGAUGCGGCAGAUAUAGAAGGCUCUGGAUAGAUUAUGUUUCUGGAUAGAUUAUGUUUCUAAAUGCGCCAGGUGCCUUGCGCAUCUUAGUUGGCGUCACUAACAAUAGUCCACUGGUCCUACUUCUAGCCGAAAACGUUGGAAAGGUCUCACCAUACGCGCUCUGACCGCAGCACAGCACGACUGGUCUUCGCUUUCAGCGCACCUGCACAUCCAACCAUGGAUGGGGACUUUAUGUUAACGAGAGGAUAGUUAAGAACACAAUUAUUAAAAUCCUGCAGAAAUUUCAGUCGAUGACUGCUGUGGUGGUAGCAUAGCAACAACACCCAAGAAUCAGAGAAACAUCAGCAAUCUUACCCACUGCCUUGCGAGCUCAAAACUCUCCGUUAGAAACUCGGCGCGCUGCUCGCUGGAAAGACACUCCCUGGAGAGGAGCGCGAGUACGCCGAAUAAAAGGGAUACGCUUUUCACCCAGAUGCAGGAUGACUUGGAAAAGCUUGAGCCUCGAUGAAAACUACAGCGCCUAGUGACUGUGACUGGUUGUCCUUGCUGAAGAUCGCUAAACCUUUGCCAAAAUGGAAUUACAUGGAAUGAACAGAGUUUCCUUUUACGACAUGAGAUAUCCGCGCCCAGGAAUCUAAACUUUACUUUAGUGUUUAAGAUGUGGUUGUUUUUGCCUGUCUUCUAUGGAUGAGUGAGUGAGCUGUCCGUCCAUCCGUUGCAUCCCAACCAUGAUCGCCACCGGAGGCCUGCUGCGGAUCAACAGGAGGCAGGACUCACUGCGCUCCAAGAGCCGCGCUGAGAACAAACGCAAGAGGAAAGCCAAGAAGAAGCAGAAGAACGAGGUGGUGGUGGUCAAGGGCAAGCUGAAUCUAUGCUCCAUCUCGGGGGUAGUGGCGGCCAUUGGGAUUCUGAUCCUACUGGUGGGCAUUUCCAUGGCCAUACUGGGCUACUGGCCUAGGGAGAGCCCACUAUACCCUGCGCCGCACAAUACCCAAAGGAUUUACGACAAGAAGGAAGAGUCAAGGCUGACAGGCAACUGGACAAACAACGCAAAGGUCGGAUUUCACAUGGAUAGGGAUUUGGUCAGUAACAAUCGUUCCAACGGCACAGGUUUAGAGCAGCCUCCUAUGGGCUUCCUGGCCGAGUUCUUGGAUAAUUACCUGUACUCAGACAAGCUGAAGGUGUUCGGGCCCCUCAUCAUGGGCAUUGGCAUCUUUCUGUUCAUCUGCGCCAACGCGGUGCUGCACGAGAACCGCGACAAGAAGACAAAAGUCAUCAACCUGAGGGACAUCUACUCCACAGUCAUCGACAUCCACAGCUUGCGGACUAAGGAGAACACGCCGCUCAAUGGCUUUGUGAAUUAUGUGCAGUCCAAAGGGGUGGAAGGGAACCCUAGCGCUGCGUAUACCGCCGCCCUGCUGGCCAAAGGAACCUGGCCCUCAGGGGGCUCGCCGGACGAGGGCAGUCGGGGCCCCUCCAGAUGCCACUCCCUGACCAGGUCAAGGGUCUCGUCACUCGAGAGGCAGACGUUCACCGACACAGUCUACACUAUCUCCAGACACAGCGGGGCCGGCCAGCAGAGCAGCCCUAUUCCCAUCCCCAAACAGUGGGAGACCAAGACAAUAGUGGCCUCCUCGGUCAACACCUUCACUCUCCCCAUGACCAAACCCAAUCACCGGGCCAACCAGCACCAGCGCAGGCCCUCGGCCAAAGCAGAGGCAGGCAGGAGCAGGGCCGCGCUGUGCGACUCUGGGGAGGAAGACGACGAGGCUCGUGUGGGGUACGUAGUUCCAGAAACCACCACUCAGGCCAAGGUAGAGACUUUGCGGACGGCCAUGUUCUUGCCUCAAGACUCGGUAGAAGUAUACAAGAGCAGUGGUAGCCUCCAGGGGGCGCCGCAGGGCUCCCAGGUGCAGCUACUCCCCUCUUCCCCCACUGGACACAGAGUGACAGGCUCCCACCUGUCACUCAGCGCACUGACGGAAUACUCCAGGUCCAUCGACCUGGGCAUCACUCCAUCCACCCCCACCGAUUGGAAAGUGGAACGUUCUCGGCGACUCAGCUGCCCUCGCCUAGAAGUACUGGGAGGCGGUGGGUACAUCAAACUGGGAAACCUAGGGGGGGAGUCAUUUGAGUCAAGGGAGUCAUGUGAGAUGACUGCCUUUAGCCAAGUGACCUCAGAGGAGGCUCUGGCUAAGUGUCAGAGGGAAGGAGGAGAAGCCAAUGAACAGGAGAUCAGUUCCGGGGAACCACAGGACAGGGGCUCAAGGCGAUACUCAAACAAAGAUAAACUUUUUAUGAUCUCUCAGUCAGACUCCGUUUUGGAUGAUGAGGAGGUGGAGAGCACAGACAUAUGAUUGGACGAUUGCUGAUUAGAUAAUUGCUGAUUGGCGGAUUACUGAAUGGUGUAAUAAGUUUACUUGAACAAAAUGAACACGGGAUAACUGGCAGGGUGUUGGUCAAAGACACCUGACAACAGGCUCAAGCAAUUAUGACUAUUACAACAAACUGUAUAGGAUCUGAAAUCUACAGUAUCUUGCUGGUCAUUGCAAAUGCAAUUAUCGAUACGUGACCAAAAAACCGAACAUGGUCUUUGGUGGGCUAUGAAAAGUGAAGACUGUGUGUGAGUAGUAUUUUGUCAAGCGUUUGUUUGUGUAGGUUGGAAGCAUCGCGCCCAACAGAAUGAGUUUCACAGCAAAAAGAUAACAUUAACCAAAAAAGGGCCCGUUUUUAAAUGGUGACUGUACAGAUACUGUACCAUCCACUUGAUGUAAUAGUUUAUAUAAUGUGUAGAAAUAUAAUUGUGGCUGUUCCACCCACUGUCACUACUGAUACUGUAGUAGUAUAUUGAUUGAGAGUUGCUGUCUCAACAGCAUGUAUUUUAUACUGCAAUGUCCUUACACAGUUUUUGUCAGUUGCCAGAGGAAGGUUUGAAUUCAAACUUGAAUAGCAAUACAUAAUUGACCAUCUCUGUUUGCUUGUGGGUAAUCACAGUGUUGGCAUAUUUGCCAGUCUCUUAAAAUUCUCUGAACAAGACAUAUGUUAUUGUUUAGUUUUUUAGAACAGUUUUGACUUGCUUGUUAAGGAAUCUAUAUCUUUGCCAUCGCUAUUGCCUGAGGGAAACUGAGAACCACACACUGACUAGCACAAUUCACAGCACAAUACUUGUAUCUCGGUACAAGUAGCAUAACUACCUUACCACAAGUAACCAUCCGUGUAGAAAACAAAUAUCAAAUCAAUGUUAUCCUGUGCAAAAGCAGCUGGGUUGUUUUUGUAGUUGGUUGUUGUUCAAUGACAAACCUGCAGUAUGUAUUGUAUUCCAAUUGUUGCUGGUUACCAUGGUCAAGUCAAACAUCCCAUGGUCGUCCUAUGGGUCAAUCAGUCUUCAAAUAAACAUACGAAGCUGUCUCAUUA